AUGGCGCUCAACAUCCCCACCCAUCUGCCGACGGCAUCGCUGCUCGUCUCAAACAUGCACUGCCCGUCAUGUGUAGAGUCGAUCACGCAGCUCCUGGCCGGCCUGUCGUCGGUCAAGAACCUCUCCAUCUCCCUCUUACUCAACCGUGUCACCUUUGCCAUCGACACGUCCAUCUCGUCGUCGACCAGGGCGCCGUCGUACCGCAAGAUUGUGGACCAGGUCAAGGGCAUCCUCGCUACCGAGGGCGGCUUCAACGUCACCGAGGAGGAUGCCGCCGAGCCUACCUCCAAGCCUUCCCUCUUUGCCAAGCUUGGCAGCAAGCGCCGCGCCACCAAGGAGGAGAAGCGCGCCGAGGAGCGCAGGAUUCGCCACCUCGAGCGCUGCGGGGCCUGUCGUGCAGAGCAUGAGGCGCUUACUAAUGGCCUCGCGCCGCCCACCGUGUCCAACCCGCCGCCGGCCGACCAGAUCCAGGUCACUACCUUCUCCAUCGAGGGCAUGACUUGCGCUUCUUGCACAGGCACUAUCAAGUCUGCCCUCAAGGAGAACGCGUCCGUGCUCGAGUCGGAUAUCAUCCUGCUCUCGUCGUCCGGUAAGGUGCGGCACAAGGCGUCCCUUCCUGCUUCCGAGGUCGCCGAGCUCAUCGAGGACCUUGGCUACGAUGCCCAAGUUAUCGAGACCCACCCCGAGGCGCCGGACGUUCCCGCCGAGUCGGACGAGAAUGCACUCAUCCGCACCACGUACAGCAUCGACGGCAUGACCUGUGCGUCGUGCACGUCCACGAUCGAAUCCGAGCUCGCCAAGAACCCGGACAUCACCGAGGCCCUCAUCGUCCUUCUCGAUAACAAGGGUGUCGUCACCCACAAGGCCAGCCUGUCGGCUGACGCCAUCAAGGAGACGAUUGAAGACCUCGGCUACGACGCUACGAUCGUGAGCUCUGGCCCGGUGAACGUACAGAAGAAGACGGACGGCCCCGGUCAGCGCACCGUCACGGUCCGCGUCGACGGCGUGUUCUGCAACAACUGCAUCGUGCAGCUCAACGACCACCUCAAGUCGAUGCCUCUCCGGUCCUUCACCCCUCUCACCCUCAAGGCGCCGGUCACUACCAUCACCUACGCCCCGCAUGAGCCUCUCACUAUCCGCGACAUUCUCAAGUCGCUCUCCGACGUGGCGCCCGAGUUCGAUGCCCAAGUCGUGCGCAACAAGAGUCUUUCCGAGCGCAGCCGUGAGAUGCAGCGCCACGAAGUCAAGAUCCUUGGCUCGCACCUCGUCGUUGCGUUCCUCUUCGCCAUCCCCACCUUCAUUAUCGGCAUCGUCGCCAUGGCCCUCCUGCCCAAGAGCAACCAUUUCCGCCAGUACUUUAUGGAACCGGCCUGGGGUGGUGCGGACCGCGGCACCAUCGCCAUGUUCGCCCUCGCUACCCCCAUGCAGUUUGGUGUUGGAAGGCUGUUCUAUGUCCGUGCGUUCAACUCGGUGUGGCCGCACCUCCGCCAUCUCAUCCCCCACUUCCUUCGUCCAAAGUCGAUGGCCAAGAUCCCAUCGCGCCCUUUCUCGUGGCGCAACUUCUUCACCUUUGGCAGCAUGGACCUGCUCGUGGCGCUUUCCACCACCACAGCCUACUUUGCCUCCAUCGCGAUGAUGGUGCUUGACAUCAAGGCCGGCGCACACUCCGGAACCAUGUCUAUCGGUACCUACUUCGACUCGUCGGUCUUCCUCCUCAUGUUCAUCCUUCUUGGCCGCACGCUUGAGGCAUACGCCAAGUCGCGUACUACGGACGCCGUGUCCCUCCUCGGCAAUCUCCGCCCACCGACCGCCUGGCUCGUUGACAGCGCUCCGGGCGACCACCCCGACACCCCCAAGAAGGAGAAGGAGAAGGAGACUGACCUCUACUCGGAGCCUGAAGACUCUGCGGCCCCGGCACGCGAGAUCCCCGUCGACCAGGUCGAGUACGGCGACCUCAUCCUUAUCCAGGCCGGCGCCCUGCCACCGACCGACGGCGUCAUCGUCUCCGGCAACACGACCUUUGACGAGUCGUCCCUCACUGGCGAGUCCCUUCCUGUGCCCAAGGGCCCGGGAGAUGAGGUCUUCACUGGCACUACUAACCAGUCGGCUGCGGUCACCAUUCGUGUUACCAACCUCGCGGCCGACACGAUGCUUGAGCGUAUCAUCCGCGCCGUCUCGGACGCCGGCGGAAAGAAGGCUCCUCUCGAGAAGGCCGCUGAGCGCCUCACUGGUGUCUUCGUCCCCAUUGUCGUCUACAUCUCCAUCGUUGUCCUCGCCAUCUGGAUGGGCGUUACGUUUGGCGGCCUCAUCGACCCCAAGUGGUUCCACGGAAACGGUGGCCGCCCGUUCUUCGCCAUUGAGUUUGCCAUUUCCGUCCUCGUCGUCGCGUGCCCGUGCGGUAUCGGACUCGCUGUUCCCUGUGCCAACGCAGUCGGCAACGGCCUUGCCGCUGCGGCUGGUAUCCUCGCGUCUGGCGGUGGUGAGGCCUUCACCGGCGCCACUCAGGUAACGACCAUUGCUUUCGACAAGACGGGCACCCUCACCGUCGGCAAGUCGGUCGUCACCGACGAGUUCCACAAGGACGUCGCCGGUGUUGCCCGCAAGGAGAUUGUCCACGCCCUCCGUGACGUUGAAGCGCAGUCGACCCACCCCCUCGCUGUCGGUCUGGUCGACUACCUCAAUGCCAACUUUGAAGAGUCUUCUGCCAAGGUCACUGAAACAGCCGAGAUCGCAGGCCGCGGCCUCCGCGCGCUCGCUGCGGUUGGCGACGAGACCCUCGAGCUGCUCAUCGGCAACGCCAAGCUCCUUGAGGAGAAUGGUCUCGACCUGAACAAGGAGGAUGCCGAGCGCAUCACGACCUGGGCCACCGACGCCAAGUCGGUCGUCCUCGUCGGCGCGCGCGUCGGUGACGCGCCGUUCACCCUCGCCGCCAUGUUUGGUCUCUCUGACCCGCCCCGCCCGACUACCAAGAGCGUGCUCCAGACGCUCCGUUCGCGUGGGUACCGCCUCGUCAUGCUCACCGGCGACAACGAGGUCACUGCUCGUGCUGUGGCGCGCACGCUUGACAUUGCGCCGGAGGACGUGCACGCCGGCGUCGGACCGGAGGGCAAGGCCGAGGCGAUCAACGCGAUGCAGGCGCAGACCCGCACGGUCAAGAACAUCUUCCGCACCAAGGUCGUGCCCCAGCGCGUCAUGUUCGUCGGCGACGGCCUCAAUGACGCCGUUGCGCUCACCGCCGCGGACGUGAGCGCUGCCAUGGGCCACGGCUCGCAGGCUACCCUCGCCUCGGCCGACUUUGUCAUCCUCUCGUCGUCGCUCGACUCGCUCAUCACCCUCUUCCACCUGAGCAAGAAGGUGCGCAACCGCCAGUGGCUCAACCUCAUCUGGGCGUCCAUCUUCAACUUUGUCUGUAUGCCCAUUGCCGCCGGCGUGCUCUUCCCCGCCAACGGCAUCAAGCUCAGCCCGGUGUGGAGCGCCGUCCUCAUGGCACUUAGCUCUGUCAGCGUCGUGCUGUCGAGUCUGGCGCUGCGUUGGGGCCUUUAG